AUGAGCAUUGACUAUUCAUAUUUAGCUCCUCCUUUGGGGGCUCAUUCAGUUUAACACACAGGUACUCAGAACCAUUAUACAAUACUUAGAUUAUUAUAUUAAACAUCACGAAAGAGAAAAAGGAGCUCGUAAAAUUUACGAUUGUGUUCCUUACGAUUCCUUUGAACAAGAAAAGAUUAAAGAACUCAAAAUAGAAAUCUAAAAAUUAAAUAUAUAGCUUCCAUCAGAGUAAGCAUAUUGUUUUAUAAAUCAGUUGGAAAGAGAGUGAUUAUUUAAAAAUUGGCUACUCAGGUCGUUUCAAAAUGAAAGAAGUUAUUAAAGUAAAUAAUGAAACCAUUAUUCCUCUAGAAAUUGUAAUUGCAUAUAUCUUGGAGAGCCAAUCCAAUAUAUCAUUAAAUUAAUCCAGCAACUGAAAAAUUUCUCAAGGAUGGCAUCUGUUACAUCUUUGGAAGAGAUAAACAAUAUCGUCCCAUUGUUAUUUUGAAUGCUCAUCUGAUUGAUUUAAAGAAAGUAUCAUUCCAACUAUAUUUAUAUAGUAUGAUAAAGAAACGAUAAUUUAGGCAUUGUCAUUUUAGAUGGGAAUAAUUAAAAAACAUAUGUUCAUUCCUGGCAAAGUUGAAAAUUGGAUAUUCUUAUUAGAAAGUAAUGGCUUGGGAGUUUUUGGUUUGCCAACAAAAGCAUUAUAAGUGGUAAUAGAUACAAUGAGCACAAACUUUGGUGGUUGUUUGGAAAAGAUGUUCAUUUUAAAUCCAUCUUCAGGUUUGAGCUUUUUGUGGAAAACAAUAUCAAGUUUUUUGGAUCCUGAAACUGCAGAAAAAAUUAAUUUUUUAUAAAAGAAAGAGUUUAUGAAAUUACAGUAAAUUAUUGAUCCAAAUCAAUUAGAAUAAAAAUAUGGUGGAACUUAACCCAACCAAACUACAUACUGGUAUCUAUAUCUCAUUUAAAUAGGCCCCCUUAUAAUUUAGAUUUAAUUGAUGGAAGAACUGUUCCAAAGUAAAAAUAGCAAAUUGAUCAGUUUAUUCCUAUUAGAAAUGAGGAAAAAUAGAUUCAUCAAAAUGAGGAUCCUUAUGAUAAUGUCGAAAAUAAUGUCAAUGACUUUUUUGAAACCCAAAAAUAAUUGUAUAACUUUGAACAAAAGAAAUCAGCUGAAUUUGGAUAAACCAUUUAACAGAACCAUUAGGAAGAGGAUUAACCUUAAAAAUAGGAAUUGAAUGAUUAAGAUCAAUAGAAAGAAAAUGAUUAAAAUCAUUAAUCUCUAGUUUAGGAGGACCAAUAGCAGUAGUAAAUUGAAUAAAAUCAAAAUGACUAAAAUCUCUAAUAAAAUCAACAUCAACAUGUUAUUGAGGAGAGUAAGGAGAUGGAAGAUUAAGCUUAAAAGAUUUAAUAAAAUGAACGCCUUAUUUCUAAACAGGAACCUGAAUAAGAAGUUUAGAAACCACCUGAAUAGCAAGAUAAUUAAUAAAAACAAUAAUAAAAUUAAGAAUAAACUCAAAAAGUUGAAUCUGAUGUUAAUAAUAAUAAAAAUUAACAUGAAGAAGAACUUUAAAUUGUAAGUAAUGCAUCUGCUACAAAAAUAUAACCAGAAGAAGUUUAAGGAUAAAAUGUUGAAAUAACUUAAGUUGAUCCUGUUACCAAUACCCCAUGUUGCAAAAGUUGUGAGAUUUUCUGA